AUGUCGCCGGGGACGUGCAAGGAGGCCGCAGGCGGGCGGCGGGCGAGCUCUGAGCCGGGCCGGGGGCCCGGGGCCCGGGGCCCGGGGUCCUACGUCAGCAGAGACUGUGACCUGGACCUUGUCACCCAGUACAGCCUGUGCCAGCCUGGCUCCUUCACCACCCACCGACACCCAGAGACGGCGUGCCUGCCCUGUGCUGAAUGCCGGGAGGGUGAGUGGGCGCAGCCUGCCCUCCCUGUGUGCCUCGCCGUGGUCCAGCUGCUCAGCCCCUGCUCAGCUGUGUUUGCUAUGGUCGGACCCCCCGAGCCCAUCCUGGCCAUGGUGGGUGAAGACGCAGACCUGCCCUGUCACCUGUCCCCGGAGAUGAGCGCUGAGACCAUGGAGCUGAUGUGGGUGCGACCCGGCCACAGGCAGGUAGUGCACGUGUACGCACACGGGCAGGAGGACACGCCGGCAGAGGAGUUUCGAGGGAGAACUUCGAUUUUACGAGAGGACGUCACUGCGGGGAAGGCCGCUCUCCGGAUUCACAGCGUCAGCGUCUCUGACAACGGAACCUACCUGUGUUAUUUCCAAGAUGGAGACUUCUCUGCAAAAGCCCAGGUGGAGCUGCAGGUGGCAGCGCUGGGCUCUGAUCCCCACAUGGACAUGAAGGGCUACGAGGCUGGAGGGAUCCGUGUGAACUGCACGUCUGCCGGCUGGUACCCGCAGCCCCAGAUCCAGUGGAGAGACGCCAGGGGACACAGCUUGCCCUCGGAGGCAGCACCUGAGGCUGCAGACCCCCAGGGCCUUUAUGCAGCUUCAGCCUCUGUGAUCCUGGAAGUCGGCUCUGGGGAGGGGGUGGCCUGUGUCAUCAGAAACCCUCUGCUGGGCCAGGAGAGGUCAGCCAGGCUUUCCAUCGCAGGCUCCUUCUUCAGGGACACACAGCCUUGGAUGGUGGUGCUCGUGAUCGUGCUGGGUAUUGUGCUGGUGGUGGUGGUGGUGGUGGCGGUGGUGUACUUGCUGUUGGGACACUGGAAAAGGAAGAAGGCGCCGACUCAGGAUGAGGAGAGCGAGCCCGAGAGACGCAGCAGGACCAGCUCGUCACAGGGAGGCACCCAGCCCAGGGAAUAUGAAGAAAAGUUUGUUUUGAAGGACGGGUCCCCUGAGGCCACGAACAGGAUCUACUCCGAAUGCGGGCAGGAGGUUCCCAAAUCUACCUGGAGGAUGUUCAUGAGGUCCGAGGGACUGGAGGAGAACGACCUUGUCACCUGUGAGCACGGGGACCCGGGGACCCUGGCGGAGCAGCACCACAGGAUGCUGCCGCGCUGGCAGAGCGAGCUGGAGCACAUCGCAUCCCCCUGCGGGCUCGUGGCGGCCCUCCGUGAGAUGCAGCUGCGGGAUCGUCUGGAGAAUGUUAGCAACGAGCUGGUGCUGAAGGUAUCUUAGGUCGUGAGGACGCAGAGCCCCGAACUGGAGUCAGCUCCUUUGGCAAUGACUGGGACUUAGCAGCAUCCUGGGUGCUGACCUUCCCCAGGUCCCUUCCCGUGGGCACCUUCACAGAUCCCAGGUGGGACGGAGCCCCUUCCGUGUCCAAGGAGCUUCUUCGGGAAGCUUCCGAUGGGGAGGUCCAUGUGGCCACGGGGCUCUCUGCCUGCAGCCCAUGUGCCGUAGAGGCUGCCCCUCAGGGGACUCCGGGUGCCGUGAGCUGCUCAGGAGGGACCCACGGGCUGUGCUCGGUGGGCCCGAGAGCCGUGGCCUCCUCCAGAAACAGAGGCCAGGAGGGAUGGCUGUUCACGUGUGUGACCCCAGCAGCUCUUUUGUUGAUCUCUCAGGCACUGUGAUGUCCCCGGCUUCCACUUGGGAGCGCCUGGGACAUGGGGACACUCACAUGCCAGCUUUAGAGACCUUUCUACUCUUCUUUAGACAGUUCAGCAUAUGUGCUUUUCCAGUUUUAUUUAUGUGUUAAAAUUUCUCUUCCAUAGUGUGUUCACAUGUUUGUAGAAACUUUUUUACCCAGUAAAAUUUAUAUUCUAAA